AUGCCUGCCAGCAUCCCUCAAUGGCGCCUGCUCGACCUGCGCUUGCUGCUGCUGCUGCCAUUCGCAAGCCCUCCCUUCCCCAUCCCGUCGCCCACGCUUUCUCUGAGUGUCUUCCUCGCUUUCCCAUCCCGUCGUGACGCCGCUUUCCCUUCCCGCCGCCCUCGCUUUUCCCUCUCAUCGUCAGCAUUGACCAAACUCAUCGCAUUGCUUCCAAAGACCGUUGCCUACAUUCUUCCUGCUAGGCUCCCUCGCAACCUCCCUUCCCUCCCUCCAUUCUCAUCCUUUUAUCCCUCUCCCGCCCCUAUUUUCUACUCCCAUCCAUCUAUUUUUUCCUCCCAGGGCAUUCCUCCGUUUCGCCCCUCCGCAUUUCCCCUUGAUUCGUCCUUGCAGCUCCCUCCUUUUCCCCCGUGUCCUUCCAUCCAUCUCCCCACUUGUCCCUCCCUCCCAUUCCCAACUGUCCUUCCAUCCGUUUCCCCCUUGUCCAUCUCUCCAUUUCCCCAACAGUGCUUCCCUUCGUCUCCCUCCUUAUCCCUCCCUCAUUUCUCAACAAUCCCUCCUUCCGUAUCCCUCCUGGUCCCUCCCUCCCUUUCCCCCAUAUCCUGCCCUCCAUUUCCCCGCUUGUUCCUCUUUGCCUUACACCCCUGUACUUCCCUCCGUUUCGGGCAUUGUCCCUCCCUCCCUUUCCCCCGUGUCCUUCCCUCCAUUUCUCUUUGCCCGCCCUUCCCUUACACCCUGGUCAGCCCCUCCGUUUCCCUCUCUCCCUUUCAUCCUUUUUGCUCUUGUCCUACCCUCUGUUGUUCUGUUCUCCAUGCCCAAUGCCCCAUGCCCCAUGCCCCAUGCCCCAUACCCCAUGCCCCAUUCCCCAUGCCCCAUACCACAUGCCCCAUGCCCCAUACCCCAUGCCCCAUUCCCCAUGCCCCAUACCACAUGCCCCAUGCCCCAUACCCCAUGCCCCAUACCCCAUGCCCCAUACCCCAUGCCCCAUGUCCCAUACCCCAUGCCCCAUGCCCCAUUCCCCAUGGCCCAUGCCCCAUGGCCCAUGCCCCACGCCCGGUGCCCUCAUGGGCAGAUAAAAAGCGUAUGUGGGCGGCAGCAGCAGCCUUCCGGGAAGUGGUGGUUCGCACUCCCAAGACAAGGACCUCCCUCUCCGACAUCACGCAGAGGCACACCGCACUCGGGCACAGCGGUAGAGGGCGCCCGCCAGCAGGGGAGACUGCAGUAGUGAAUGUUGUAUUUGUCACAUUGAUGUCCACUACUUGCACGCCCUUCACUCAGGUCAGGUGCCCUUCGAAGCUGCAUCAGUUCUUCUCUAUCGUCCCCCUUCCCUUCCUUCAUCGUGCUUCUCCGCCCCAGUCUCACCAGACGCUCUUCAGUCAUCUUUCCAUCCUCCAUUGCACCGUAUCCGCCAUUACACUCUAA